UAUUGAAGUUUGAAAUUAUGAAACUAUUGAACUCAGAAUAGAAAGGUAAUACAAAAAAAGUUAAAACAAAUGCACCUGUGACCAUCACCGCCCCCCUGGAUCGCUGAAAAUGCUCAAGGCGCAGGUGAAUUUGUUUUCAUUGUGUGUGUGCAUGUUUUUAAUCCUUACCUGAGGAUGUUUCUUUUUACCCUCCCCAACUUUUCUUCUGAGAUUCUGCAGUAAUUUCCAUGCUUCCAUGUUUCUGAAUGCACUCCAUCAGUUUUUUGUUCAUUAUAUUCCAAAUGUGAGUGCAAUCAAGUGAUACUGUCCUCUCCGACUGACUGAUUUCACGUAGCUUGAUGCGCUCCAGGUCCCUCCAUACUGUGUGACAGGGUAGGAGAUUCUUUUUUUUUUUUUUUUUACUGCUGCACAGCAUUCCAUGGUGUAAAUAUACCAGUUUUUUAUCCACUCAUCUACUGGUGGGUACCUAGGCAGUUUCCAGACCUUUCCUAUUGUAAAUUGUGCUUCUAUGAACAGAGGGGUACAUACUUUCUACUUGAUUGUUUCAGGUUUCUUAGGAUAUAUUCCUAGAAGUAGAAUCACUGGAUCAAAUGGCAGUUCCAUACUAAAUAUUUUGCAAAAACUCCCAACUGAUGUCCAUAAUGGCUGUAGCAGUUUGCAUUCCCACCAGCAGUGAUCUGGGUUCCCUUUUUUCCACAUCCUCCCCAGCACUUGUGCUUUGUUUAUUUGCUGAUGGCAGCCAUUCUGACAGUGGUGAGGUGAUACCUAAUUGUUGCUUUAAUUUGCAUCUCUCUGAUGAUCAGUCACUUUGAGCAUUUUUUCACAUGUCUCUUGGCCAUCUUAUCCACACUGCAGCCCAGGCAGAGCUGACACUUCCGGUGGCAUCAGAAGCAGAUGCUCUUAAAUAUGAGUGUCUGUUUUGUGACAUGAACUUUGUAUAAUGGAUUCAAUGGAGGCAGGUUAGAUCAAUUUAGAGACUUGAGGCACCUCCCCCUGCUACAAAUGAGCUGAAGGAGACACAUGCCAAAAGUCAGGAAUGAACAAACAGUGCCUUGCCAUGCAGAAAGAGCAGGUCCUUAAGAAAGAUAUGCAUAACCUGCCACGCAGGUGCCUGAAAAAGAAACUUGCCCCAGACAUCACCUCCCCUGAAGGCGCUAGAGGACCCUUAGUUAUACUUGGUGUAUUUGGGGCUGUUUGCCCCUAAAUCCAGUCCAUUGGUCAACUGAGAAAUACCAGAUCCUGGAUUUGUAGCGGGAAAACUACAUUACCCAGAAGGCCAGGCAUGGAAUGCUACCAGGCUGAGCCAAUGGGGGCUCAGAGAAGGCAUUUCCCUUUGGCCGCUUCUGAAGGGCGGGACUAUAGUUUUCCUGGCGAGGUUUUGCCUUUUCCGGCUUCUCAGUCGCUUAGGAUUUCCUGGUCGCGCAGUCCCGUGGAGAAGGCUGGAGAGUGGUGCUCCCGCCUCACAGCCCAUGGUCGGAGCCUCCGGUGGUGCUCACAGCUCACACUUGGGAUUGAAGCUCGGAGACACCGCCCGAAGCCACGCCAGGGCCGAGACUGGGACCGCCAUUCCUGCAGCGGCUUCUACUCCCGCCCCGCUCAGCCCUCGGAGGGCAAUGGCGGCGCCCCCGCUGAGGAGACGGGCUGAGGUUGGCGUGACCUUUGAGGACAUUGCCCUGUACUUCUCCAGGGAGGAAUGGAGCCUCCUUGAUGAGGGUCAGAGACAGCUGUACCUGAAUGUGAUGCUGGAGAACUUUGAACUUAUAUCCUCCCUGGGUUGGCGUGACCUUUGAGGACAUUGCCCUGUACUUCUCCAGGGAGGAAUGGAGCCUCCUUGAUGAGGGUCAGAGACAGCUGUACCUGAAUGUGAUGCUGGAGAACUUUGAACUUCUAUCCUCCCUGGGUUGCUGCUGUGGAGCAGAGAACUUGGAGGAAACGACUGAGCAGAAGGUUUCUGUAGGAGUGUCACAGGCAAGGAAUCCCAAGGUAGCCUUGUCUUCCCAGGAGAGCCACCCCUGUGAGAGUUGUGGGCUAGUCUUGGGAAACAUUUUCCACAUGAUGGAGCAGCAGGGAACACAACACCCACAGAUACUGUUGAGGUGUGGGGCAUGUGCAAAACGAUUUUAUUUCCGUGCAAAAUUUCACCAGCAGCAUGUGAGAGAGAAGUCUUUCACUAGAGGUGUGGACAGGAUCUCACUUGCAAACAGUUGCAAUUUCAAUGUGUCCCAGAAUCGUUUCACCUGCAAGGAGGUUGGGCAGGGUGUCCAUGGGGGGUCAGGACAUUUCCACCUAAAGGCUAUUCAGGCCAGGAACAGUCCAAGUGUAAUUUCCACGUGUGGGGUGACAUUUCCAAUGAGAAAAAAUUAUUACAGUAGAAAAGAAUGUCAGAGAGACAUUAGUUGCACCCACACGUUUAUUCAGGAAAAUGGUGUCCAUCUUGGAAGUGGGUGUUUUGUGUCCUCUGAAUGUGGAAAAUAUUUUACCAAAUUAUCUAGCUUUCAUGAUCAACAAAGAGGUCACAUGAGAGAAACACCUUAUGAAUGCAGUGAGUGUGGGAAAGCUUACACCAGUAGCACUGGACUUCGUCGUCAUCAGAGAUUUCAUACAGGAGAUAAGCCUUAUAAAUGCAGUGAAUGUGGGAAAUCUUUUACCCAGAGCACUACCCUUCGUUAUCAUCUGACAGUUCAUACAGGAGAAAAGCCUUAUAAAUGCAUUGAAUGUGGAAAAUCCUUUAAAAGUAGCAGUGGUCUUCAAUAUCAUCAGAGAGUUCACACUGGAGAAAAGCCUUAUAAAUGCAGUGAAUGUGGAAAAUCUUUUGCACGGAGCAAUGCCCUUCGUGAUCAUCAGAGAGUUCAUACAGGAGAAAAGCCUUAUAAAUGCAGUGAAUGUGGAAAAUCUUUUGCACUGAGCAACGCCCUUCAUUAUCAUCAGAGAGUUCACACUGGAGAAAAGCCUUAUCAAUGCAGUGAAUGUAGAAAAUCUUUUACCACUAGCGUUGCCCUUCAUUGUCAUCAGAGAAUUCACACUGGAGAAAAGCCUUAUAAAUGCAAUGAAUGUGGGAAAUCUUUUACCCAGAGCACUCACCUUCGUUUUCAUCAGAGAGUUCAUACUGGAGAAAAGCCUUAUAAAUGCACUGAAUGUGGGAAAUCUUUUCCCCAGAGCUCUGCUCUUUACUAUCAUCAUAGACUUCAUACAGGAGAAAAGCCUCAUAAAUGCAGUGAAUGUGGAAAAUCUUUUCCACGUAGCAGUGCUCUCCAAUAUCAUCAGCGUGUCCACACUGGAGAAAAGCCUUUUAAAUGCAGUGAAUGUGGGAAAUCUUUUACCCAGAGCAGUGCCCUUCAUUAUCAUCAGAGACUUCAUACAGGAGAAAAGCCUUAUAAAUGCAGUGAAUGUGGGAAAUCUUUUACAAGGAGCAGUGGUCUUCAGUAUCAUCAGAGAGUUCACACUGGAGAAAAGCCUUACCAAUGCAGUGAAUGUCAAAAAUCUUUUACCACUAAGACCGUCCUUCAUCAUCAUCAGAGAGUUCAUACAGGAGAAAAGCCUUAUAAAUGCAGUGAAUGUGGGAAAUCUUUUACAAGGAGCAGUGGUCUUCAAUAUCAUCAGAGAGUACACUGGGGAAAAACAUGAGUGCAAUUAAUAUGAGGUGUCUCUCAGCCAAAUUUCUAAAUUUGCUCUGCACGUAUGAGUCCAAAUGUGGGAAAUUUCUUAGAUGUGUAGGAAAUGUAGUUUCUUAGUUAGAACUUAACAUUAGUACAAGAAAAUUUGUGUAUCCUCACUUUUCUGAAUUGUAUCUCAUACGUUUAAUCACCUACAUUAUGUAAAGUUCCCAUAAGUGUUCUUGUUGUGUUUGUAUGUUGAACACUGUGUAAUUAUGUUGCACGUUCUAACAUACAGAGAUAGCCUGCCAGAUCUAUGUCACUGCAUAUUUCUGUUGUAGAAGGUAUUUCACCUCAACCACCUAUAAGGUCCCUACAAAUGGCAUCAAUCACCAUCCUCAUAUGCCCGGGGAAGCUAACUCUGUUGUCUUUUUUGUUGAAGAAAAUGAGGAAUACCUGAGCCCAAAGUUCUUUCUUGUUUCCUGAUCAUGGGUUGCCACAUAGGACUCAUUACUGUUGGCCCCAGUAAACAUAAUGUUGCAGAGGGAAUGCUUUCCCUGCAUGCCAGUGAUGAAUUUAUUGAGUGCCUGAGUCAUCAGUGGAAGAACUGCCAGUCUCAUGUCUCUUUAGUUUGUACGAUAAUGAAGGCUUUUUCCCAAGACUUCUUUAAUCUUAGCUGUUCUAUUUAAUGUGUGGGUUAGCUUUAAGUAGGUCGGGCACUCCAAGCAUGAUGAGGUGAACAACUUUUAUGGGGUCUCAAACAUUUUUGCCCUUGGGGGAACAGUAUGGUGCAGGAUUAGCUCAGGAGUUUUUGGCAAAUUUACACUACUGCCCAUAUUUUCCUAGGAAAUACUCUGGACUCUCUAAUCCUCAUGUGAUGUCUGGAUGCUUGGAGACAUAGCAGUCACUCCAAAGAUGGGGUAGCUGUGACAACCUCAAGUAUGUCUGGGAGCAUGAAUUUUAUUUCUUGUUUGCAAGGGAUGCCAAUGCAUGUGAAGGGAAUCUCUUGCCAAGGUUUUUCAGAGGGCCAUGUCCCCUAAUGCCUACAAUUUCACGGUUGAUGGUCACUGAUUUGAAGACCAGAACAGUAAUGGGAAAUCCUUUCACUCUAGAAACACUGACCUAAUUGUUGUUGUGUUGGAAGCCAAUUCCAGCAUGUCAGCAAGGCUGAUCUGGAAAUAGCUGAAGGCAUUUUCCCAAACCUGAAAAGGAUGCAUAAAAUGAUUACUUGCUGCCAGACAGCUGAGGCCAUUUCAGUGUACAUGUUAUUGCCUCCUACUGGCCAAACACCUGAACAGUUGAGGGCAAUUCCUCCAAUCUGACAAUGGAUUCUGUAUAUGAAACCCUGGCCUUUGAUGUAUAUCUUUACUUUGCCUUAGGACAGUUUGUGUUAAUAAAAAGCAAGGGUCCUGAGACAAGAGAGAACUUGUUUUCUUUAGCCAAGCUCCUCUGGCCCCCAAAUGCCUUCCAAAAUUAUGUUUUGUCUCUUGGAAUCUUUCAGAAUUUACACACAGCUUCUUCUCCAGAUUCCUGAACCCUUCUGCUAGGUGGAUUAAAAACACUGGCAUUGUUGGACCAGAGUGCAGCCUAUUAGAUGAAAUGGUCCUCAUCUAACUGUGUAUACAGGAAUUAUUUUGAGGAAAAGACUACAAGAUCUGUGUGUACACCGAUCCGAGGGACUCCAGGCAUGUUUCUGUUCUGUGGAGCAGUCAUUGUCAUUGAUUAUAAUCAAGAUGUUUUGUGGCUCCUGUAGCUUCUCAGAUGUUCCCAUCAGAGCCACUGGCAGCAAAACGAAGAUGGAGACAAAGGUGGUCUUUUGUACAGGGAUGUGGCUUUUGUGGGUUUGGGUGAAAGUUCUUCGUUGUUUGUCACAGUCUCUGUCAUUGAUAUGAGACUCUCGCCCAGAGGGCAUAAGGAUGGGGAUUGAAUUUAUAAUUGACCAAGCUGUUUUUCAAAAAUAGGUGAACGUACAUUUCUUUUAUCUGGAACCAUUUUUUGACAGCUGUAAUGAGUAAAUUACAUGUGUUAAGUACAGUGUUUCAUAAAUCUUGACAGGUGCAUGAAACUGAAACCAUCCUUAUAGGCAUAAUACUGACCAUGUCUGUAACUGUAUAGUUUCUUUUAAAUGCAGCAAAUGUGGGAAAUCCUUUACCGCUAAGACCGACCAUCAUCAUCAGAGAGUUUAUACAGGAGAAAAACCUUUUAAAUGUAGUGAAAGUGGAAAAUCUAUUUUUUGGAGUCGUUUGUUGUGCUCCUUCACUAUUUGAUUGUAUUUUUUCUAGGAAUUUACGGUCAGCCUUUUCUCAGAAGUGUGUUUGUUGAGUCUGUAUCUUUGUUAAAACAUCUUUAUCAUAUAUUCUGCCUAAUGUGCUGAGUUUUGGCAAUUUUCUUUAACAAUAGGAUUGUGGAACAACAAAGAUGGAUGUUGGCAUUUCACUCAUUUUGUGCAUUUUUAUUUUAAAAAUAAACAUUUUUUGUAUUGAAA